GACACACUAGGAAGCUUGGCCGGGCAAAUUUGCGCGGCCAGAAUUCGGCGUUUCACUGCGUGCUACGAGCCUAACGUUUGCAGAAGACUGCUUAGAAACGUCUACAGGCCAGCGCUCCAGGCACCAGGAGGGUGAAGGAUGCGCUACCUGGCCACCAAUGUUGUGCUAUUGGCCCUGACACUGCAGCCAGCAUUUUCUCAGCAAAUGCGCAGGAGUAGUGGCAGAAGACACUUGCGCAGGCGAUACCUCCCGUCAGACCUCGACGACGCCCGAGAGACCGACGACACGAUCGAGUGGGACGAUACGACCAUCGAGGACGACACGCGGGUUGUCGGCCCGCGGUGGCGCCGCCGCCCCUACGGCGUGAUUGAUGACGACGGCUGGGCGGGCGACGGGGAGCCGGUGGAUCCGGGCGCGGAGCUGGCUCUUGUCCUAUUUCUAGUCAUUGUCAUCUUCUGGCUGGCCGUCGGCUCGGCGUUUGCGCCCAGGCAGCGCUACACCGGCGCGACCCUUUAUGGCGAAACGUAUGAUUACUAUUCGGAGCCCUCGUUCUACUACGGCUCCUCCUACGCGUACGAGCCGGCCUACGUCGUGCCGCGGCGGUCCGGCUGGGGCUGGGGCUGGGGCUCCAGCUGGGGCGGAGGCCACCACCGCGGCGGGCGCGAGCGCGUCGAACGGCACCGCCACGUCGAACGGCAUCAUCACACCGAGCGACACCACCACGGUGGCGGCCAUCACGGCGGUGGCGGAGGCCAUCACGGCGGCCAUCAUGGCCGAUGACUCUAAAAAUAAUUUGUCACAUAUAGUAUUCAC